UAUCACUUCUUCAGGCUACGUCAGGCCGAUAUGUCUCCGUGUCGAUGAAAAAAAAGAAAAUGUUUUAAUGUUUAACGUCACCGGCUGGGGUCUCACAGAACAGCAAAAAUACAGUCCGAUACUACUAAAACUACUAGGUGGGAAUUCCGCGGGUCUUCUAGCACGGCUUAGUUAGCUAUGGAUCUGAGACUUGUAUUGUUAAUAGUACAACUGAUGUGUAUACGAAUGUACCCCACUAUAUGGAAUGGAUCGUGCAUCAAAUCAGAGUAUUUGGAAGUCUGCCCCCAGGAUCGCCCCCUUUGAUCGAAGAAAAUUGUGGAACCACAAAGCGGCCUGCGAGAGUUCGUCGGGUAGUCGGAGGCGAUAAUUCAGAUAUAUUCGCAAAUCCAUGGAUGGCAAUGGUGUUUAAUAACUACAGAUUCAUCUGCGCCGGUUCGCUUAUCACCUCUCGUUUUGUUCUAACAUCAGCAUUCUGCUUUGAAGGGUCAUUUGCUUUUUUAGUAAGGUGCGCCUGGGAGGAUACCACAUGAGUAUUACCGAAAAUACUUUCGAGACUGCCAUCGACCAGUUUAUUCCCCAUCCAAAAUUUCAAAUAUAUCAACCAAAGUACGACAUAGCUCUGAUUAAAAUGGCUAAAGAAGUUUCGUUUUCAGAUUAUAUCCGGCCGAUCUGUUUGCCGGUCAAUCAGCAAUUGAGGACCAUUUCACAAUUCGAGCUUAACGGCUGGGGUCGAACUGGUAAUGGUCGAUACAGCGGCUAUUUGCAGUCAACUACUCUAAAUGUUACGAAUUGUGACGAGUACCCAGGAGUCGAUGAUUCGCAGAUAUGUGCCGGCAGUGACACCAGUGACUCAUGCUCCGGGGACGGUGGUGGCCCUUUGAGCGCAAAGUUGUCUUACGAAGAAACUGCGAGGAUAUUCCUGAUCGGCAUUGUUAGCUUCGGACUUCAGAGCUGUCACGGUUCUAGUAGUGUUUACACAAAUGUGACGUACUACUUGGACUGGGUUAAAGACACAAUUCACAAUAACAAACUGUUGAGUUAAUCAAUUGUUAAAUAAGCUUUUUAUCAGCUCCAUUAACUCCAUUUCAGCAAUUCAACAACUUCUAAGUUUUUUAAAACCGGAGCUGACACCUUAACAAAUUUAAAAAAGGCAUGGUUAGUUUAUUUUAAAAUCAAUUCAUAAAGUUUUUUCUUUAUCUUUUAAGCCCCAUAGACAUAUUCCUAUACAUGCAGCUCCUAAAUUCUGUUUAGUUUACCUUAAUUCAGCAAUUAAACGUUUCAGGGA